GGCAUCGCGGUUCUUUUAUCGCCGAGACCUCCAUGCGGCAGUUGGCAGAACAGCCAGCCGCCCCUCACGGUUAGCCAUCAGGGAUCUUAGUUUAAUAUCUCGCCGCCCUCUCGCUCCCCGACAAGCCCGGACUACCGACAACCAAGCUCUUCGGUGAACCCGCCUUCUUAGUCGUUGUAGUUUAGCUCGAAUAAAAGCAGCUCCGUGGCGUACCGAGUUCAGCUGUGGGCCUCGGUAUAUUUCUUCUUCUUUCCCCGGGCCGCCAUUUGGACCUUGUCACGAUUUAGAAAAGGAUUACCAACAAAUGAAUGGAGGUAUGGAGGCAACAUCCCAACACCAAGUGUGGGCGCAGGAUGACCUACUCCAGUUGUUGGAGGCCAUGAAGUUGGCGCUGCCGCAAAAGGACCUGACCAAGUACAAAACAUCCGAGUCCCACCUGGACUGGCAGAAGGUCGCCUUCAAUUCCUACACAGCCGAGAUGUGCAAGCUAAAGUGGCAGGAGGUCUCCAAAGAGAUUCGUAAAUUCCGGACCCUCACAGAGCUGAUAUUUGAUGCUCAGGACUACAUCAAGAAUCCUUAUAAAGGCAAGAAAAUAAAGAAACAUCCGGAUUUCCCCAAGAAGCCUCUAACGCCUUACUUCCGCUUCUUCAUGGAGAAGAGGGCAAAGUAUGCAAAAUUGCAUCCAGAAAUGAGCAACUUAGAUCUGACCAAGAUCUUGUCCAAGAAGUACCGUGAGCUGCCGGACAAGAAAAAGAAAAAAUACGUGGAUGACUUCUUGAGAGACAAAGAAACAUUUGUGCACAGCAUGAUGAGGUUCAGAGAGGAACACCCAGACCUAAUGGAGAGCAUGACCAAGAAAGGCUCAAAUGUUCCCGAAAAGGCCAAAACUCCCCAACAGCUGUGGUACAACCAUGAAAAAAAGGCCUUCCUAAAAGGCCACCCGGAUGCCACCACGAAGGACAUCAAGGAUUGCCUAGGUAAGCAGUGGACACAGCUCUCGGACAAGAAGAGACUUAAGUGGAUCGCCAAGUCACUGGAGCAGCAGAAACAAUAUGAGGAAACGAUGCGCGAGUACAUCCAGCAACACCCUGAGAUGAAUCUAACACAGGGGGAUAUUGUCAAGUCCACACUGACCAAAGCCGAGAGGCACCUGAAAGACAAAUCUGAUGGGCGGCCCGACAAACCUCCGCCGAAUGGUUACUCCAUGUUCUGUGCUGAGCUUAUGUCCAGCAUGAAGGACGUACCCAGCACCGAGCGCAUGGUGAUGUGCAGCCAGCGCUGGAAGUUGCUGAAGCAGAAUGAGAAGGACGCCUACCAGAAACGCUGCGAGCAGAGGAAGAAGGAGUAUGAAAUUGAAAUGAACAGAUUCCUUAGCGGUUUGCCCGAGGAAGAGCAGCAGAGAGUUCUAGGUGAGGAAAAGGUGGGAUUCAAGAGAGGUACCGUGGCUAACAGCCCUGCGUCCAAAAAGAAGAACUCCAAAGCUAAGGCCAAUCCAGAGAAACCCAAGCGACCCAUCUCGGCGAUAUUCAUCUUCUCCGAGGAGAAGCGUCCAAAGCUCCACCAAGAGCGUCCAGAUCUCUCCGACAGUGAGCUAACACGGCUGCUGGCGCGCAUGUGGAACGAGCUACCUGACAAGAAGAAGGAGAAGUACAAACGAUUGGAGGCUGUUUUGAAGGCCGAGUCAGAAAAGAAAGAGGACCGCAGUCUGCCCGACCCGCCUAAGACAGCGCAGGACAUUUGGCAGCAGAGCGUUAUUGGAGACUACCUGGCAAGAUUUAAGAAUGACCGUCCCAAGGCUCAGAAGGCAAUGGAGGCUACCUGGAGCAGUAUGGAAAAGAAAGAAAAGAUCAUGUGGAUCAAAAAGGCGGCAGAGGACCAGAAAAGAUACGAGCGAGACCUUUGCGAAAUGCGUUCACCUGUCGCCACAGCUGUGGCCUCAGGGAAGAAAAUGAAGUUUGAGGGUGAACCCAAAAAGCCGCCUUCAAAUGGGUACCAGAAGUUUUCUCAGGAGAUGCUCUCCAACGGUGAGCUCAACCACUUGCCCAUGAAAGAGAGGAUGACUGAGAUAGGCAGCCGCUGGCAGAGGCUGCCUCCAAAGGACAAGGACCGCUACAAAAAGAUUGCCGAGGAGAUGCAGAGGCAGUACAAAGUGCUGCUGGAACAGUGGCUUGCUGGUUUACCUUCUCAAGUCAGGAACUCCUAUAAAGAGUACAACUCUCAGAAGAGAAAAUCCCCAGCAAAACCAGGAGGCCCCAAGGCAAAGAUCAAGAAAUCUGACACUGAGGAAGAGGAGGACGACGAUGACGACGACAAUGAAAAGGAAAGGGCUUCCUCUGAAGGAGCGUCCUCCAGUGAUGACGACGACGACGAUGAUGAUGACGACGAUGACAAGGACGAUGACGAUGAUGACGAAGAUGAUGACGAAGAUGAUGACGAUGACGACGACGAUGAUGAUGAGGUGGAUGACAAGGAGAACAAGUCUGAAGACAGCAGCAGCGAGUCCAACUCGGGCGACUCCUCAGACUCUGACUCAGACUGAAGGGCGCUGGCAACUUCGAGAGGAGGCGGGACCGCCGUGACAACAGGACAGACUAAGCUGAGCCACAGGGGUUCUAGGAGGGGAAAGCUCUGGCACUGUGCAAACCCAUGCCCACGCCUCCUCAGUGUCACACGACAACUUUUUUUUGUUCCCUUGUAGUCCCUCGGCGAGUUUUUAGUUGGGCCCGCAUCCCACUGGUUUGGCGAUGUUCUGAAUUGAAGCUUCGUUUUUUUUUGUUGUUGUUGUUUUUUUUUUAAUUAUUAUUUUUAAAGUUUUAAAACAAUGUUACCCAUUUUAUUUGAUUGUUCCGCAGGGACGAGCCAGGCUUAUUACAGCCAAAGAACACGACGACUGGGUGGGACACUUUAAGCAGGCAGAGGAGCAGGAAGGACGCAAGGGUCUUUGUACUGGAAAAAUUGCACUCUUAAGAAUGUUUCCUUGUCUAUACUUUUUUCCUCUUCCUCUGCUUUUGAUUUUAUCCCGUUGAGUUCUCAAAGAGGUGGUAUUUUUUUCAUAUAUUAAAAAAAAAUUCAAGAAGCCAUGCCGAAUGUGUUUUGUUGGUAGUGUUGCUGGAACGUCGUUUAAAAUGCUGCAGUGCACACACGUUUUCAGCCCUCAUUUUAUUUCUUAACAGUUUUUCUUCCUUGAUCAAUUCUGAAUCGAUUGGGCGCCAUUGUACUUUUUGAAACGGAGUGCCAUAUUCACAUCACAUUGUGUGUCUAGACAUCACUCUUUGCAAAUACCCAUUUCCAUGAAAUCUGUUACAUUUUUAAAGUAAUUCAUGAGGUGGAAUUUUUUUAAAGAGGCCCUGCACAUUUUAUUUGAGGUUCAUUUUUUGUCCAAACAAAGUUUGUUUGUGCUGUGCUCACAAUGUACCCACCUGUGCUUAAUUUAAAAUAUAUAUACAUUUAUUUUAAUUGGCUCAUUAUAAUAAUAGUGUUUGAUGCUGGUAACCUCCCCUAAAAUCUGCACUUAGUCGAGUGGAUGACACAGACUACAUCUUGAAUGUAUAUAUUGGAUCUUUUGCUUGGUAAUGACACACCCACACCAUGACUGACAUUAGUUAUAUUUUGUUGAGAUGUUGAUUUGUGACUGAAGCAACAUCAAAAGGGAGGGUGAAAACUGUGUAUUCUUGUAAAUACUUUUAAUUUUGUAUGGAGUGUUUUUCCCCCCUCCUAUCUGUCUCUUGGUUGUUUUGUUUUCCUUGUCAGGGAGAGCUGUUGGAGGAAAAAAAAAAGCUUUACAAAUUUGUACUGCUGAUAAUUUGAAAAAAAAAAAAAAAAAAACUUGAUGUUUUCUAUAGCAGAGGGUGUUAUGAUGUUCUUGUAGUUCAAGUAUUUGGGCAAAUAAACAAUCUUGAACGGGGUGUCUUGAGUAUGUUGGACUGCUACUAGGACCAUCCUGGCAACAAAGAGUCACAAUAUUUGAAUAAAGUUUUUUUCUUAAAAUGUUUUAACAAGACUUGUAAUUAGGGAUAUUACCCUUGUGUCUUUUCUAAUAUGGAGGAGGAUAAAGAAAUAUAUUUACCCAUCUAUCAACCAUUUCAGGAAACUGCCAACAUC